UCCAUGAAGAUCCUAUUACCUAGGAAGAAUUUGACAUUUUGCUGCGAAUGCUUUGUUGGGAUUGAUUUAUUCUUGGAGUGUUCUGCACGGCUGGCAAAGAAUAAUGCUCCAAAAUCGGUCCAUCUCCCAAGGGGUCCAAUUUUUCUUCCUGGGUGUCAGCGAGCCCUGACUCACUACAGUGCAGCUGACAGGGGCUGCCAUGCUUGUGGCACACUAAGCAAAAAACAAAAGACCUAAGGACGACCUUUGAACAACACAAAGGAUGGGUUUCAAUGUAAUUAGGCUACUGAGCGGAUCAGCUGUAGCUCUGGUAAUAGCCCCUACUGUAUUACUGACAAUGCUUUCUUCUGCUGAACGAGGAUGCCCUAAGGGCUGUAGGUGUGAAGGCAAAAUGGUAUAUUGUGAAUCUCAGAAAUUGCAGGAGAUUCCCUCAAGUAUAUCUGCUGGUUGUUUAGGUUUGUCCCUUCGAUAUAACAGCCUCCAAAAACUAAAAUACAAUCAAUUUAAAGGUCUUAAUCAACUCACCUGGCUCUAUUUAGACCAUAACCACAUCAGCAAUAUUGACGAAAAUGCUUUCAGUGGAAUACGCAGACUAAAAGAGUUGAUCUUGAGUUCCAACAGAAUCUCCUAUUUUCUUAAUAAUACCUUCAGACCUGUGACAAAUCUCCGGAAUUUGGAUCUGUCAUACAAUCAGCUGCAGUCUCUGGGAUCCGAACAGUUCAGGGGCUUAAGGAAGCUGCUGAGUUUACAUUUGCGAUCCAAUUCCCUGAGAACCAUCCCUGUUCGAAUAUUUCAAGAUUGUAGGAACCUUGAACUGUUGGACCUGGGUUAUAAUCGCAUCCGGAGUUUAGCAAGGAAUGUCUUUGCAGGUAUGAUCAGACUGAAAGAGCUUCAUCUGGAGCACAAUCAAUUUUCUAAGCUCAACCUGGCACUUUUUCCAAGGCUAGUCAGCCUUCAAAACCUUUAUUUACAGUGGAAUAAAAUCAGUGUGAUAGGACAAACUAUGUCUUGGACCUGGAGCUCAUUACAAAGACUUGAUUUAUCUGGCAAUGAAAUAGAAGCUUUCAGUGGACCUAGUGUUUUUCAGUGUGUGCCCAAUUUACAGCGCCUCAACCUGGAUUCAAACAAGCUCACAUUUAUUGGUCAAGAAAUUUUGGAUUCUUGGAUAUCUCUCAAUGACAUCAGCCUUGCCGGGAAUAUAUGGGAAUGCAGCAGGAACAUUUGCUCACUGGUAAACUGGCUUAAAAGUUUUAAAGGGCUGAGGGAAAAUACAAUUAUUUGUGCCAGCCCCAAAGAGCUGCAAGGGGUGAAUGUUAUCGAUGCAGUGAAAAACUACAGCAUCUGUGGCAAGAGUACCACAGAAAGGUUUGAACUAGCACGAGCUCUCCCAAAGCCAACGUUUAAACCAAAACUCACCAGGCCUAAACAUGACAGCAAGCCCCCUCUGCCCCCAACUAUGGGAGCCACCGAAGCCGGCUCUGAGCCCGAGCACGACACAGAACACAUCUCCUUCCAUAAAAUCAUAGCAGGCAGCGUGGCUCUCUUCCUGUCGGUGCUGGUGAUCCUGCUGGUGAUCUAUGUGUCAUGGAAGCGGUACCCUGCCAGCAUGAAGCAGCUGCAGCAGCGCUCUCUCAUGCGAAGGCACAGGAAAAAGAAAAGACAGUCGCUGAAGCAAAUGACUCCAAGCACACAGGAAUUUUAUGUAGAUUACAAACCUACCAACACUGAGACCAGUGAGAUGCUGCUGAAUGGAACGGGACCCUGCACGUAUAACAAAUCAGGCUCCAGGGAAUGCGAGAUCCCACUGUCCAUGAACAUGUCGACGUUCCUGGCCUACGACCAGCCCACGCUGAGCUACUGCGGGGUGCACCACGAGCUGCUGGCCCACAAGCCCUACGAGGCCAGCAGGCAGGAGGAGGCAGCGGACACGGGCCUGGAGGCUGAGCUGGACCUGAGCACAAUCACCACGGCAGCGCGGAUCGCGGAGCACGGGCAGCAGCUGCCCUAG